AUGGGUGCCGAGCAGCUCGCCGCCGCGUUCCAGGCGCUAUUCCACAGCGACGACCAGGCCACCAAGGUGGAGGCCAACCGCUGGCUGGACACGUGGCAGCAGACGCCCGAGGCGUGGGGCGUGUCGGACCGCGUCCUGCACGACCCCUCCAGCUCCCAGGACCUGCAGCAGUUUUGCGCGCAGACGCUGAAGACCAAGGUCCAGAGGGACUUUGAGGAGCUGCCGCAGGAUGCGGUCCCCCAGCUGCGGGACUCCCUGUUCGCGCUGCUCCUGCGCUUCGCCAACGCGCGCGCCCAGGCCGUCCGCACGCAGCUCGCGCUCGCCCUCGCCGCGCUCGCCGCGCACGUGCCCGCGGCAGCGUGGGGCGGCGAGGGCGGCGUGCUGCGGUGGUUUGCGGAGCGGUUUGCCAGCCAGGCGAGCGACGUGGCGCUGAGCUGCAUGCUGGAGAUUCUGACGGUGCUGCCGCAGGAGGCUGACAGCCGAAAGAUCAGCUGCCGGCCAGAGCGGCGCGCGGCCUUCCAGGAGGAGCUGCGGGGCUACCUGCCCCACGCGCUGGAGGUGCUCACCAGCUGCCUGGCCCAGCCCGAGCACGUGCGUGGCCAGGUGCUGGAGGCGUUUGGCUGCUGGCUGCGGCUGUCUGGCGGCCGCGGCCUGCCGGACGGCUUCGAGGCCCACCCCCUGGUGGCGGCGGCGGCGGCCGGGCUGCGCAGUGAGGCGUCCUUCCACCAGGCCGUUGACGCGGUGUGUGAGCUGAUCUGGGUGACGGUGGACCCCCAGACCUGCGCCCCCAACCCGGCCAUGCAGCCGCUGGCGGCCGAUCUGGUCAGGGCCGUCAUGGAGCUGCGGCCGCGCUUCACCACGGCGCUGCGUGUUGCGCAAGCAGUUGCCGUGGCCCUGGCCAUGGCCUUUGCACUCCCCCUCAUCUCCCCUGCUCCCUGA